GAGGAAGAAAGGAGAAGGGGGGUGGGUGCUGUGAAGCACUGGACCCUGUGAUCAUUUACUCUCCACUCCAAUUCUUUUUGCUUUCUUGCCAGAUGCAAAGGAUUAUUUUACAUUUAGUUGUUUGUGUUUCCUCUUUCUCCCUCUUACUUUCCCUGUGUUCCUCUCUAGCUGUGUGAGCAGCUAUUAAGAAGUCAAUGAAUCCCCACGAGGGGUGCAUUGAGAAAGCAGACUUGGAAGUAGCUGCCUCAAUGACUGUAACAGUGCCUGCUAUUAGCCUGUUGCACGCUGCUACUUUCUCUUGCCGAAUUAACUGGGAGCAUUUGAACAUGACGACAAAGUGACAGGAUGAAAACAUUUUGGAAACUACCGCCAACUUGCGUCUUAAAGUUUUUAGGAUAGCUGUAAAAUCCAUUGCUUUUUUUCUGAAGAAGGGAGCAAAGAUGGGAUGUCUCAGCUCAGUCCCUCAAGAAGAUCUCAGAUUGGGAAGGAGUUCCUCUGUUCGAGAAAGCAGUUUUAUUGAAAAGAUGAAAAAGACAGGAAAAAACAUUGUGGUAUUCUAUGGUUCUCAGACUGGAACAGGAGAAGAAUUUGCCAAUCGGCUGGCCAAGGAUGCCCACCGGUAUGGCAUGCGUGGAAUGGCUGCUGACCCAGAAGAAUUUGAAAUGACAGAUCUCAGUCGUCUCACAGAAAUUGAGAACGCUCUUGCUGUUUUCUGCAUGGCCACUUAUGGUGAAGGUGAUCCUACAGAUAAUGCUCAGGAUUUCUAUGACUGGCUUCAGGAAACAGACAUUGACCUUGCAGGACUUAAGUAUGCAGUUUUUGGCCUUGGCAACAAGACAUAUGAGCACUUUAAUGCCAUGGGAAAAUAUGUUGACAAAAGACUUGAAGAAUUAGGAGCUGAGCGCAUUUUUGAGCUUGGAAUGGGAGACGAUGAUGGCAACCUGGAAGAAGACUUUAUCACAUGGAGGGAGCAGUUCUGGCCUGCAGUUUGUGAACACUUUGGAGUUGAGGCAACUGGAGAAGAUUCCAGCAUUCGUCAAUAUGAACUUGUGGUGCACACAGAUGAGAAUAUGAACAAGGUGUACACAGGAGAGAUGGGUCGACUAAAGAGCUAUGAAACUCAAAAACCACCUUUUGAUGCUAAAAAUCCUUUUCUGGCUAAUGCAACAGUUAACCGCAAACUUAAUGAGGGUGGAGACCGACAUUUCAUGCAUUUGGAACUAGAUAUCACUGGCUCAAAGAUAAGAUAUGAGUCGGGAGAUCAUGUGGCUGUGUACCCAGCAAAUGAUGCUGCGCUCGUAAACAAGUUGGGAGAGAUCCUGGGAGCAGACCUUGAAACUGUGAUUUCUCUGAACAACCUGGAUGAGGAGUCUAACAAAAAGCACCCUUUCCCCUGUCCUACCACAUAUCGUACUGCCCUCACUUACUACUUGGACAUUACCAAUCCACCCCGGACCAAUGUGCUUUAUGAACUAGCACAGUAUGCCACUGACUCCAAGGAGCAAGAAAACCUGCGCAAGAUGGCCUCCUCAGCACAAGAUGGAAAGGCUCUCUAUCUCAGUUGGGUUGUUGAAUCAAGAAGAAAUAUUUUGGCCAUACUAGAAGAUAUACCUUCACUGCGCCCUCCAUUGGAUCACCUUUGUGAACUGCUGCCACGCUUACAGGCCCGAUAUUACUCCAUUGCAUCCUCCUCAAAAGUUCAUCCCAAUUCCAUCCACGUCUGUGCUGUGCUUGUUGAAUACGAGACAAAAACAGGCAGAGAAAAUAAAGGAGUGGCUACAAAUUGGCUCAAAAACAAACAGCCCAGUGACAAUGGACACAAGUCAUCUGUUCCCAUGUUCGUGCGCAAGUCCCAGUUCCGCCUUCCAUUCAAGCCCAGCACACCUGUAAUCAUGAUUGGCCCUGGGACAGGCAUUGCCCCAUUCAUGGGUUUCAUCCAGGAAAGAGAGUGGCUUAAGCAGCAAGGCAAGGAUGUUGGGGAAACGGUGCUGUACUAUGGCUGCCGCCAUGAACAUGAAGAUUUCCUUUACAUAAAUGAGUUAAAACGGUAUCACAAGGAAGGAGUCCUAACACAGCUGAAUGUUGCCUUCUCAAGAGACCAGGCCCACAAGGUUUAUGUGCAGCAUCUUCUAAAGAACAACAAAGAGAUGGUAUGGAAGCUAAUCCACGAAGAUAAUGCCCAUAUUUAUGUCUGCGGUGAUGCCCGCAACAUGGCUCGGGAUGUGCAGAACAUUUUCUAUGAUAUUGUGGAAGAAUAUGGAAAACUUGACCAUGCUCAGGCUGUGGAUUACAUCAAGAAACUAAUGACCAAAGGCCGCUAUUCCCAAGAUGUCUGGAGUUAAUCAAGGCUGUCCCUCCAUAAUAGAGCAAACUGUACCAACUUGGCAUUAUCUCAGACCCACGAGCCAGUCCAUGACAAUGCUAAUGAAAACUAAAUCCCUGUUAAAUGUCGAUUUCUGAGGAGAGACUACUGCCUUUUCUUUGUAUUGUUAAGCCACUACUACUUUACAGUACAGGGUGGCAAAUGUCAUUGUAGGUUUGAACUGUACCCUACGGAAUACUUUGUCAGUGUGUGCACCAUUGCGGAAAAUAGACUUUGAUCUUGUAUAUUUUACUAGAAAGCAGAAUCCAUUUUGAUAUCAUGUCAUCAUAUCAGUUACUUCUUUUUUAAGAAACUUUUUGUUAGAUCAACUCAAAAAUGACAUAGUACUUGGCAGGCUGGUAUUGCCGUGUAGCAUCUAACUAUAGUUGGAAUAGGGAUUUGGUCUAGAAUGAAAAUACCAUGAAACUAGCACUAUAUAUGUAAUGGUUAUACUGCAAACUGUAAUCAUGUCAUUUAAUGAUGCUACAUUGCACUUUGUGCUGAUGGAGUUUUAGAGUAGGUAAAGAGAUCCACUUGUGUUCAGCACAGUUUUCAAUAUCUUCUCAUUUUCUGGAAUAAAUUACAUUUUUCAAUUAUCUGGGCAUGUUUGGAAGAAGUAUGAGAAAUAAUUUCAAGCCUUAAGUAUGUAAUGUUGGCCAUUUCCAAAUGGUGCUUGGCCUCACUGCAGAUAGAAUUCUAGGGUAUUUCCCUCCUUCUCCUGGGCCAUUCUAGUGAGUGCUGGUAUUGGUAUUACUGCACCUGGUAGAAGAUAUAUAUUUAAUAUCUAAUUUAUACCUUGUAGGUUCACAGGUUAAUUGAUUUCAAACACUGUUUUGGGACAUACAUACUGUGCAUGGUCACAAUAGGCUUAGAGGGGGUGCCUAACAUUUGGCACCUCCCAGUGAUUUUUACUUUCCAUCUCCUUUAAUUAUGUAAUCAGCCAAUAGUGCCUUCACCUGAAUCCACAACUAUUCAUCUGUAAGUCUUUUUAAAUAAGAGACUCUGGCUUGUUCUGUAAAUAUGAAUAUAGAACGGUUUUACCUAUGUUCCCCUGCACUACCCUCCAUGUCUAAAAGGACUUCUGAAGCUUGAUAAACUAGUGGAUUGUUCUGAUGCCUUGAUUAGCCAUGCCUUCUGUUGUCAAAGUUCAUCUGCAUUUACAUUGUAAUGCCCACAGUUCAAAAUGCAAACAUGUAGAUACUAAUGCCUAGCACAUUAUUUAUUAUCCUACAUUGACAUUGUUUCAUAGAUAUGUAACACUUUAACAGCCCCGCUGUACCACGUGAUUCCACUGUUUUAGUAGUUGGUGGUCCACAUACCUCCUAAUGGUUCAUCUGCUUGUUUGUAAUACUUUGCACUGCAGAAAUGUGGUUACUAUAGGUUAUUCUACUAGGCGCAUUCUGUAGACAGUAUUGCUAUAUUGGCUGUAGCACUGCGACCAAUGCAGGUCUUUCAUUUUAUCUGCACAAAUUAUUAUUCAGCUUUGUGGAGGCAUUUCUAACAGCCCAACAUUUUACAAGAAACAAAAAAAAAAAAAGUCUGUACUUUUGCGAACCCGGGUCAGGAUCAGCCGCACCAACCCUACCCCCAAAUUCGACCACCCCGCCUGCCUUGUUAUAAACAAAGGAAAUGUCUUGCUCUUAAAUGUAAUUCUCAUAUCACUGGUAAGACUCUUUCCCCAAACUAAAGUCCAUUGAAAUUGGUUUUAAUGUUUGUUUUGAGUUUCAGAUUUUAAGGAUAACUGCAUUGUCAUUCCAGCAUCCAGUAAUUGUAAAUAAAUUUUAGAAUAUGCAUUAACCCUUGAAAUAAAAUUAUGUACAUUUUCAGUCUA